UCUCUCUCUCUCUCUCCCCAGGUGUCAACAGCUGUAGUAGAGCCGUACAACUCAAUCCUGACCACCCACACCACCCUGGAGCACUCAGACUGUGCCUUCAUGGUGGACAACGAGGCCAUCUACGACAUCUGCCGCCGGAACCUGGACAUUGGACGACCUACUUACACCAAUCUCAACCGUCUGAUUGGCCAGAUUGUGUCCUCUAUCACAGCGUCUCUUCGAUUUGACGGAGCCCUGAACGUGGAUCUGACGGAGUUUCAGACCAACCUGGUCCCCUACCCCC